AACUUUGGAUUCAUACUCAAUGAAUUCAGUUAAUCUAUGGAUAUUUAAGAGUAGUUUUAUGCAGUUUGUUGCUUUAAGAGGAAAAAAAGGAGAAUGGUAUAAUGACAGUUGACCUAAUUUAUGUAAUCAUGUUUCUUCAAUUAUAACUCUCCUCUCCAACACCAGACAAAACCAUCAUCACCACGUAUUACAAAGAUUUAGAGUCAAUCAAAUCAACUGGUUCCUCAAUCUUUGUCGACCAGGAAUGGGGAAUUCGUUUGGCUGCUCAGCUUCAGGAGAAAGAUUGGUCUCCGCAGCGAGAGAUGGGGAUUUUGUUGAGGCGAAGAUGCUUUUGGAUUGCAAUCCGCACCUUGCAAAGUACUCAACUUUCGGUGGCUUGAACUCUCCUCUUCAUUUCGCUGCCGCCAAGGGCCACACUGAGAUUGUGGCAUUGUUGCUACAGAACGGGGCUGAUGUCAAUUCAAGGAAUUAUUGUGGACAGACAGCUCUGAUGCAAGCGUGUCGAUAUGGACAUUGGGAAGUUGUUCAAACUCUUCUUCUCUUUAGAUGCAAUGUUACUAGAGCAGAUUAUCUUAGUGGAAGGACUGCUCUCCAUUUUGCAACUGUCAAUGGACACGUGCGAUGCAUGCGAUUGGUGCUCAGUGAUUUUGUUCCAAGUGCUCUGUUCGAGCCUCAGAAUGCCCAAACAGUUAGUGACGGAAGUGAUGGUUCUAAUAGUAAAACCAGUGCUCUCUCUAAGUUUGUAAACAAGGCUGCAGAUGGUGGCAUUACUGCUCUUCAUAUGGCUGCGUUGAAUGGAUAUUUUGACUGUGUUCAGCUCCUACUUGACCUUCACGCCAGUGUAUCAGCUGUGACAUUUCAUUAUGGCACAUCGAUGGAUUUGAUAGGGGCUGGGAGCACUCCUUUGCACUAUGCUGCAUGUGGAGGACAUAUAAAGUGCUGCCAGAUCCUUCUUGCUAAAGGUGCUAGUCGUUUGUCGCUAAACUGCAACGGAUGGCUGCCUAUUGAUGUCGCAAGGAUGUGGGGGCGUCAUUGGCUUGAGCCACUGCUGGCGCCUAAUUCUGAUUUGCCACUCCCAAGUUUUCCACAUUCUAAUUAUUUAUCACUUCCACUUCUGAGUGUCCUAAAUAUAGCUAGAGACUAUGGAUUGCAGUCCUCAGCUACUGGGUCAGAUGAUACGGAUAUCUGUGCUGUUUGCCUCGAGAGAGCUUGUAGCGUGGCUGCUGAAGGAUGUGCACACGAACUGUGUGUAAGAUGUGCUCUCUACCUUUGCUCAACCUGUAACAUUCCUUCGGAAUCUUCAACACCUCCUGGUUCCAUUCCUUGCCCCUUCUGCCGGCACGCCAUUCUAUAUUUUGUCAAAAUACCCGGUUCUUCAUCUAAAGACAUAAAACUGCCCUUAUCCCUCGGCUUAUGCACCCCCUGCAUGCUUCAUCCAAGAGAACGCGAGCAGGACACCACAUCAGAGGCUGCUGGCUCACCCGACACGAGGAAGAAUCGUGUUGCCUCUGUCUCUUCAGAUAUGUUCUGUCCGGUCACUUGUAGUCUGUUUCCUUCGGUGACUAUCCCGUUGUGUACGUGCAACGAAGGCCCUUGCCCUGAAUUUGAUUCCAGAGAAAGAGAACCUCCAGAAGAGUCUCCUCCUCCUCCUCCUCAUCAUCCACAGCCUGAACCAAGGGAACGGGAAAAACUGGAGGGGGUGAGAUCAGAGAGAACGACAUGUUCGAAUAUGUUCUGGGGUAGAAGAAGCUGCAGUAGGGAGAAUCAAUGCAAUGCUGAGAUCAACGCAGGAAUGCUUUGAAUUGGUAAAUAUUUUGGAAUUUGAUUCUGGGCUUGAGAUUGUAGGCCUUAGGUUUUUGGUUUCUUACACUUGUAUUUCUGGUUGGUAGACAGUUUGAUAGGUCUGUAAAGAAAGUUGGUAGGACAGAAUAGGAUUGAAUAUCUACCAUUGUGGUUGAAAUUUAUGUAAGAACCACGAUACUCAAUGAUUCGCUGAUUGCUAUCUUCCCUAAAUACUCGAUAAUUAAAACAGUAA